AUGUCUGACAAGCCGGGCCGCACCAUUCUCGCAUCUUCGAUUUCCAAGACUUACGUUGAUGAAAUCACUGCCAAAGUCAAGUCUCUCAAAGAAAUAAGACCCGAGGGGCCUCUCCUGGUUGGAUUCUUGGCUAACAACGACCCUGCUGCCGAAAUGUACGCCAAUUGGACGGGCAAAACGUGCGAGUCCAUGGGGUUCCGCUACGAGCUCAGAAGAGUUCAGGAAAAAGAUUUCUUAGAAGAGGCCAUCAUAGAGGCCAACAGAGACAAAUCUGUGGACGGUAUUAUGGUCUACUUUCCAGUGUUCGGAAACGCCCAGGACCAGUAUCUGCAGCAAGUGGUGGCUCGUGAAAAGGACGUCGAGGGCUUGAACCACGUAUACUACCAAAACAUGUACCACAACGUCAGAUUCUUGGACGAGGAGAAACAGCUCAAAUCAAUCUUACCAUGCACGCCGCUAGCCGUGAUCAAAAUCUUAGAGUACUUGAAAGUGUACAACAACCUUCUGCCCGUUGGGAAUAGGCUCUACGGUAAGAAGUGUGUUGUGGUCAACCGUUCCGAAAUUGUGGGCAGACCUCUUGCUGCACUACUGGCUAACGACGGUGCUGUCGUUUACUCGAUUGACAUCAACAACAUUCAAAGAUUCACUCGUGGUGAGGGUCUCAAGUUUCAAAAACACCAAGUUGAGGAUCUAGGGCCUUACUCCGAUGCUGCGCUCAAAGAGUAUUGUUCCGAUGCGGACGUCGUCAUUACUGGUGUUCCAUCCGAAAAUUACAAGAUUCCAACUGAAUACAUCAAAGAAGGUGCUGUUUGUGUGAAUUUCUCCUCUCAUAAGAACUUCGACGAUUCUGUCAAAAGCAAAGCAGCGUUAUAUGUCCCCAGCACUGGAAAAGUGACUAUUUCGAUGCUUUUGAGGAAUAUGCUGAGGUUAGUGGAGAACAGACAGAAAUUGCAGCAGCUGUAG